AUGUCACAAAGUAUGCAGAUUGAGAGCAGAACCGCUCUGAAGGAAUUCCAGGACGAGUUUCCUGAAGAGUUUCGCACCCAUUACUCUUUUUUACGCCGAUUACUACCUUUUCUCAUAGAAGAUUUUGAUAUCGGUAUAGAUUUGGGCUCCCUACCCGAUGAUGAACAGAACGAAACCCUUGACGAAGAGCGUCUUCGGCACUCAAUAAUGCGCAGGCUGCUAGAUGACUUUUCGGACAUCCACGGGGAAGUUGAUCCAGAAGUAGAAACCAUUGACGACAUUGUGGAUUAUAUCUUCCUGGUGAAAGUCUUCUACUGGUACUUGAAUAGGAAGCCAAGAGAGCCAUUGAAUUUAAGAAGGGCAGAAGAUGUUGAAACACGUGAACAAAGGGUUCGGAAGCGCCGUCAAAAUUUCGAUGAGAACCUCCGUUCGAUUUCGGAAGGCAAACAAGAGGCAAUACAACAAAGAAUUGAGAAAGGGGCUGUCAAAAGAGUCAAAGCAAACUGUGUGAUAAAGCAGGUUCCAUCUCGACGGAGUGAAGGGUCACUCAGCAUGAAGCAAGAUUCUCCUGAACGUCAACAACCUCCUCAGAGACCCGAGAAUAUAGAGGAUAAAUAUGAGCCCCGCUAUGGCAGCUUCUUGAGAUCCAAUACGGGAUAUAACCUCAAGGCCAUCCUCGAGGAUAAUCUCAACCCACAAGUUAGGGCAAUCUGCGAGGCUGGAUCAUUUGAUUUAAGCAGUUUGCUCCAAAUUGGCAAUAUGGAAGAUACUCCUGGUGUUGCAGAUGUAUAUAUGCACAUCCUAUACAGAAGGAGCAAUCCGGACCGCUUCUGGCUAUAUGUGGGACAAGCAUUGGUACUAAUUACAAGAAUAUCAAUUCACAACGAUGAACGGCAUAGACGAGCAAAUCCUAGCUUGCACUAUCAUGUCUGGGAGUCGGCUGACGAUAUGGAAUCGGUAUUUGCUACGCUUGCAAAACACCAUGUCGCACGGGAUGCUUCCUUUGAGGAUCAGCUCAUCCUCAACUUCCAAGAAAUGUGGAUGGCUUGCGUUUUUCAAACAAUGACAUCAAGGCACUUAGUAGAGUAUCUUCCCGAUGGUGUGAACAAAGCAUGGGCCGGUCAACAUCUGAAUGUUGUGCCCCCGAUAUGGCAGGGUUUUACAGACGACAUAUCUGCUUUGGGUGAAGCUAUUGGAGGAACAGAGGCUUUUGAAAGAUUUAUUAACUCGCCGGAUCCAGCCAUAAGAGCCUGGGCAUGGGAUCUUCGACAUGCCUUUCAUGAUCUUCGAAACUCCCCCAAUCCGCUUCAUCAUUCUUACUACUCGGAUACUAUGCUUUUAGACCCCAUCUGGCACGAUCUCAAAGCAUACAGCACCAUUCUCGCCCCACUGGGGUUCUUCGGAGACCUAGCAACACACGACGAAGAAGCACAAGACAGCGUCGUGUCUCUUAUUGAAGCGUCAUUCUCUCUCUCCAACCCAUCUGGUCCGAGCGAAGAGGAUUAG